AUGUGCGCCAUGGACGCGACACCGGAGAAGAGCGGCGGCGCGGCCACUCCGCGGGCUCUGCUGGCGGCGUGCGUGGCCCUGCUGAGCCUCCUGCACCUGUGGCUGUGGCUGCGGCCGCGGGGGGUGGGGGGGGGGCCGCGCCUGCCCGGCCCGUUAGGCUGGCCGCUGGUCGGGAACGCGCCGCAGCUCGGCAACGCGCCGCACCUGUACUUCGCGCGCAUGGCGAAAAAGUACGGCGACGUCUUCCAGAUCCGGCUGGGCUCCCGGCGCGUGGUGGUCCUCAACGGGGACUCCAUCAAGCAGGCGCUGGUCAAGCAAGGGUUCGACUUCGCCGGCAGGCCGGACUUCACGUCGUUCCGGUACAUUUCGGACGGGGACAGCCUCGCGUUCGGCACCGUCACAGACUGGUGGAAGACGCACCGCAGGGUGGCCCACUCCACGCUGCGCAUGUUCUCCACCGGGAACCCGCAGACCAAGAGGACCUUCGAGCAGCACGUCCUGUGCGAGUUCAAGGAGCUGCUGAAGCUGUUCCUGGCCAAAACGCGAGAUCAGCGGUACUUCCAGCCCAUGUCCUAUCUCGUGGUGUCCACGGCCAACAUCAUGAGCGCGGUGUGCUUCGGGAAGAGGUACUCCUACGAGGACGAGGAGUUUAAGCAGGUGGUGGGCAGGAACGACCAGUUCACCCAAACCGUGGGAGCGGGGAGCAUCGUGGACGUGAUGCCCUGGCUCCAGUACUUCCCCAACCCCAUCAAGACCAUCUUCGAGAACUUCAAGAGUCUCAACCGGGAGUUCGGAGAUUUCAUCCUGGACAAAGUGGUGGAGCACCGGAAAACCAUCCAAUCCGAUGCCGUGAGAGACAUGACCGACGCUUUUAUCGUGGCGCUGGAGGAAAUAAAAAACAAAUUAGGGCACCCGCCAGGGAAAGACUACGUGGUCCCCACUAUCGGGGACAUAUUCGGGGCAAGUCAAGACACCCUGUCUACGGCCCUGCAGUGGAUCAUCGUCAUUCUCGUCAAGUACCCUGAGAUCCAGACGCGUCUCCAGAGGGAGGUGGACCGGGUGGUGGACCGCGGGCGCCUCCCCUCCAUCGAGGACCAGGCCCAGCUGCCCUACGUCAUGGCCUUCCUGUACGAGGUGAUGCGCUUCACCAGCUUCGUCCCGCUGACCAUCCCCCACGCCACCACCGCCGACACCUCCAUCGGGGGCUACGCCGUGCCCAGGGACACCGUGGUCUUCGUCAACCAGUGGUCCAUCAACCACGACCCGGCCAAGUGGUCCCGGCCCGAGACCUUCGACCCCGAGCGCUUCCUGGACCCGCGGGGCGCCCUGAACAAGGACCUGGCCGGCGGCGUGCUCAUCUUCUCCCAGGGCAAGCGGCGCUGCAUCGGCGAGGAGCUGUCCAAGAUGAAGCUGUUCGUCUUCACCGCCCUGAUGGCCCACCAGUGCCACGUGAAGGCCGACCCGGCCAAGCCGCCCACGCUGGCCUACGACUACGGCCUGACCCUCAAGCCCCACGCCUUCUCCAUAGCCGUGGCCCUGCGCGACCACAUGGCCCUGCUGGACGCGGUGGCCGCCCAGGGCGAGCCCCCGUCAGACCAGUGAGGAAAAAGAACGGAGCUAAGGACAAUGCCCACGAUAUGAAGGCCGACACACAGCUGAGAGACACUGGCUCACGUUUGUGUUUGUAUUUGUAUUUAUAGCCCGGAACAUUAGGGCUAAACUGAAAUUAAAUCUGCAACAAAAAGAAAAGAAAGAAAAAAAAUGCUCAUGUUGUUGCUUUCAGGUUUAAGAGAAACAAUAUUUUAUUCUCCAAAACAUCUGCUACUGAAUCUUUAAAAUGCCUCCUCGUUUUUCGCACAUAUAAUUUAUUAUUUCAUUUUUCUCGCAAGUAUAUUAAAAAACUCUUUACAUGUAAUGUCUUCUUGUCUUUAGAAUUUUUUAUUUUUUAUUGCUGAAUGUGACAGAAGAUGGAGUCACUGCAUUUUUAAGUGACUUAAGUAAAGUGCCAUGGUCAGAAUGCCGACCGCCUAACAGGUGAAUAAGCUCUUGUAGUACAUCAGCUCUUAAGCUUAAUCUCUUUUAAUAUCAAACAAUAACUUUGUAAAGUGCAAAUUAUGGAGGUGUAUUACUCAGGAAAAGCGGGUUUUAAUAAGUCCACUUUCUGUUCUAUCUAGAAACUUUUUGAAAGUUUUCUGAUAUAUUCUGAAAUGUUUCAUGAAUGCUGUUUUAAAGAAAUAAGCUGAGGACUAGAAAAGGUUCCCCCAGACACAUCUGCAUGUGAUUAUGGGGUUUGUCAGCUGCAGAUGUGUGCAGAUGUCAGGUCAGUUCUGUUCAGCUGGUUCUUUGCAUUAUGAAUGUUGCAUUAAAAAAAAAACCCUUCCGUGCUACAAGAGCUCUUUGGCCUCAAGAUGUAGCAAAAGUCAAAGUCUGCUCUAUUGAGGGAGGGAGGGGGGUGGAAAUGGGGGGUGCCGUUCUACUUUGAAUAUCAGAGCAACCUGUUGUUCUGAGCACUGGGAGACAGGUUUUUGUCAGGGCUGCAAACAAAAACGGCUGAAUUCCCAAAGCAGUUCGAACCAGGAAAAAAAUGAUUUGUUUAUUUGCUCCCAUUUGCGCUGAAAAAAACAAAAACCUACAGUGGAUUCCCAAAAGAUGGCUUCCUCUCUCCAAUUCUCCAAAUGGUAUUGCAUGUAACUGUACCCGCCAUGUUGCAUUCUCUGAAAUUUGUCUAGUUGAAUGUCGUGCAAAACCCCGAAUAAACCGACAACAUCAUCCGA